CGUCGUAUUUCGUGCAAAAUGUUUUAAGUGUGAAGUUAUGGCAGCUGCAAUUAACUUGUAUGGUCGAUGCAUCUGAUAGCAGUUAAGCCUAACGUCAAGUGACUAGUUGGAAUAUCGCUGGAUUAUUGCGACAUUGCUUCCAUCUCCACAGCCUUCUUUUGGCUACAGAGUCAUGGUCAUGGAAACUCCGACCGCUCUUCACAUAGGGCGGGAGUUUGUUCGACAGUAUUACACGGUGCUCAAUAAGACUCCCCUACACUUGCAUCGGUUCUACAGUCAGGACUCCUCUUUUGUGCAUGGGGGCCCUGAAAAGCAGGAGUGUGCGAUGGGUCAGCAUGACAUCCAUCAGCGCAUCAUGCAGCUUAACUUCCGUGACUGUCAUGCAAAGAUCAAGCAAGUGGACUCGCUCACUACUUUGGGUGAAGGUGUCGUUAUUCAGGUGACAGGAGAGUUGUCCAAUGCUGGCCAACCCAUGCGUCGUUUUAUGCAGACAUUCGUUCUGGCACCUCAGCAGCCUCUGAAGUACUAUGUGCGCAAUGACAUCUUCCGUUACCAAGAUGAGGUAUUCACAGAGGAGGAGGAAGAGGAAGAAGGCAAUACGGCUGCUGAGCAAGCUCAGGAAGAGGUUUCCGAGCCCCUAAUGGCACACCAUCAAGCUGCGCAUUCGGAAGUGGUACAGCACACUGCUGAUGCCACAACUGCUUUGGUGAAUGAAGCACCCGUGCCUCCUCGGGGAGAGCAGCUGGGCAAUGGUGGUAGCAGUCCACCUUCCAACAGUGUGGCUCAAACUCCUGGUCGGCCUGCUUAUUUUGAUUCUCAGCAGGUCAUGCGAAAUGGGACAGCACAUCUAGUCCCAGAGGUUGAGAUUUCUUCACAAGCAUCUCUGACAAGUGGCAGCCCUCCAGAAGCACCUUCGUCAGCACCCACGGUUGCUACCACUAAUUCAAUGAACUGGAAAGACGAUGAAUCUCCAGCACCACCUACUGCACCUCAGGUCAAUCAUCAGGCGCUUCCGGAGACAAAGACUUACGCCAAUAUGGUGAGCAAGAACUCUGUACCAAUCUCUUCGGCUGGAUUUACGUCACCAAGCCCUGCGGCACCUUUUGGUGGUGCUCCAACCAGUGGAACAGGACAUGUUCCGGCAUCUACAGGGCACUCUGGAAGGGGAUUUGGAGGUGAGCCUCUCUCUGGGGGCCUGCCACCAAGGCCAGACCAGCGUGGAGGUCCGCGGCCUCAGCAGCAAACGCGGGCACCACGUGCCUCACUGCCACCACCCACCAAGCGGGCUGAGAGUGGCCGAAAUGAAAAUGCACUUAGCAGUGAUGAUGGGACUGCGCCUCCGCCUCUCCGGUCUAGUGUCAAGCCCCAGUACCCUGAUAACCAACAGGUGUUUGUGGGAAACCUGCCACACUCUAUCACUGAGGAGCAAGUGCUGAAACGCUUUGAGGAGUUUGGCCAUGUGCUUGAGUUCAGGAUGAACUCCAGGUCGACAAGCAAGAUGACAGCUGGCGGCAAAGCUGUACCUAACUGCGGCUUUGUCAUCUUUGAGAGUUGUGAGGCUGUCGAGACAGUACUACAUAAUGCGCCCAUCUACAUUAAUGAAACUCGUGUGAACGUUGAAGAGAAGAAGACCAAGCAGAAGCUUGCCACAGAAGGACGAGGAGGCAGCUUUACGUCAGGCAGCCCUCGCAGUGGAGGAACGGGUAUGAUGCCAAGAGGACCUCCGGGAGGGCGUGCUAAUGGGGCUGGUGGGCGUGGCACCUUCUCGAGAGGUGGCAGCCGUAACCCUCCUGGUGGUGGCGUUGGCAUCAGGCACAACUAGACCUACUGCAGCUUAUGCGCCAGCCCCACCAAGCAGCAGUCCCUGUACCCGUGGCACCUUCCUGCUCUCGGACUGUCCCGUGAUCGACUCUGCAUCUGCACUCCUUUUCACUCCACUUCUUUGUCACCCCCUCACCCCUCCUUGACAUCCCUCUUUUUUUUUUUUCUGGUUACUCAGCUUUCAUUGUCAGCAUUUAUUUACAUGUUCAGUCCUUUGCUUCGCUUCACCCCUUUUGGUGAGGCAGUGUUGCUAGCUCUACACCAAGUGACACUUGCUCUUACUAUGGCAAGUCUGCUGACGUGCAAGCACUUAGUCCUUUUUCUGCCUCAACUGAUUGUAUUUUUGUUGCUUGUCGUUCACUAUUCAUCUGUAAGCUGACUCCAAGACCGAAAAUGUAGCCAUUUAUUCCUCUAUCAAUUGGUUGCUGCAAUCAUAGGGUGUUUAUUUCAAGGUGAAGGGUUGUGAUGGGAGUAGUGGUGGAAGGGAAGCAAUGCCAGGGACAAGCCUAGCUGCUGCAGGACGGUGCUGGAAAAAGGGAGCUCCAAAUGAAAAUGGAAGCAUUGCUCCUUGCCCAUGUAGACACAACAUGCAGAUUAUGAUGAAACCCAGCAUCUGACUUGGCUGAGCCAAGAAAGAUUUGAGGAAACGCAGGCUGCAUGCCCAUGAAAGUUACGCAUACUAGGCUGUGCCAUUGAUUCACAGCCAAGGAAGGAUGAACUUUGGAAAUGGAAGCUUUUUUUGCCGGUCAUCAUUCAUUUAUACAAUAUACUGCUGUUAUUUUUUGUUAGGUUUUUGUAUGUAUGUUUGUGGCUUGUGUACGAUGUCCUUUUGUAAGGAAAGGAGAAAUACCAAAAAAAAGAGUGCAAGGAAAAAAAAAACAAAGGGAAAAAGUGUUGAAUGAGUAAAGAGUGAUAGGCCUACACCUCCUCCUCUUUUUCCAUGUCCUCCUGCCUUGUUUCUCCUUCCCCUCACCCCCUUAGGAACUUAUUUAAUUUUGUGGCCUCCUGUAUAUAUAAAUGAGUGGUUGGAAACCUAUAGGCCCUCACGUCUUUGCUUUACAAUGUUGAAGGAAUUAGAGGUGGAGGAGUGGUAUUCAGAUUGACACUGGUUCUUGGCGACUGUUUGUGGGACAGAACCUUCAGCCUCCUCUCUGCCCCCUUUUCCUUAGUGUAGUGAGGCUCCUUUUACAUAGUCAAAUGCUCCUCCUGCACUGUGAAGUCGCUUUCAUUGUUCUGAACAGUGAAGUAGUGACUUAAUUUUUAUUUUAAUUUUUAUUUGGGUGGAAGUGUCCUCGAAUGCAUUUUUUUGUUGAUUUUGGCUUUAUUGGCCAAGGCUGAAGGUGUGUAACAGUGUGUCACCUUUCUGCAAUGAUGUAAAUAAGCACUGUGGCGUAUGCUUUACAGACUGCCAAUCGUGCACAGUAUGUUUGUUUUUUAACCUAGCAGUCUUUGGGUUUUUAUUGUGUGUCUCGGUUCAAUGUCUCAAUCACAGUUUCUGCCUGACCAACCAAUCUUUUGCUGCUAUAGCAGUUUUUUUACUUUCCUUCUCCUUGCACAGUUCAUCGUCAUGUGCUGUUUUUAUAUAAAGAGAAAAUCAUUAACCCAUAGCCGUAACUUAAACAAGGCCCAUCUAGUGCAAAAAGUGAUGACAAAUAAAAAGAUGGAGCAAGGUAUCAAGGUUGACCUUGUUGCUUGAUGCAUUGUGAGUGUGUGUGUGUGUGCUUUCUUUUCUACUCGAACUCCUAUUAAACAUAAGGCAUGUAAAACAUAAGCCUGUGUCGCUUCUUUGUACUGUUUACUCAAUACUAACUCCACUUAGCUGGAACUCUGUCGUUCAUUACGGAGUUUUAACAUGUGCUUAAGAUGAGUGGAUGAUCGUUCCAUAUCCGGUUGAACCUGCAAGCUGUAGGCAUAUUUCCAAAACGAAAGGUAUUGGGAAACGUUGUUUUAGCAGCAUUAAGAGCUUGCGCUGAAUUAUUUGUUGCAGCUCACGGGACCUGUGGCUAAUAACUAUUGCUAUGUACCCAGGUGCAUACUGUUGCGGUUUCAACAGCUGAAGCUUGCAGUCUGCAGUCGUGUUACAAUGGGAUGCUGAUAUCAUGAAUUCAUUUUCUUCAAAUGCAACUGCAUUUACUAAUUGCUGUUGUGAAUGGCUGUGACAACCUACCUUCAUUUGUUCCAGCAAUAACACAGUGCUGUGGCGUCUGCCUAUACAAUUGUGAAAUUGUGUAUGAUUGCGGUGUGGUUAAGUAAGUUUUGAUACAUCAGGCAUGCGUGAAAGUCCUCACUCCUCCCACCUUUUUUUUUUCUCUCUGGACAGAUAGGUUAUCACUCCCCUCUUAGCAGUUUUACAAAGUUCAUUAUGACUGCAAGUGUACGUGUCUGCUCUAAUUUAUGCACUGACAAUGGCGUGAAUUGCAGACCAGAAAGUGCUACAGCAGAGCUUUUUGGAAGCUUCUGUUAUAUGCAUAUAUAAACUUUUAUUUAUUAUGUUUGUUUUGGGCACUUAUAUUUCAGGAAUUGCACUGUACACUGUAAGUAUUCACAUGCUAUGGUGCCUGCAUAAAUUGUGCUAAUUUGAUUGCUAAACAGUUGGCAGAAUGGAGUGGAGGUAUUACUUUGCGUCAGGUGAAUUGGCUUUGUAGGCUUCCUAGGCCCGUAGCCUUGAUGUUUGCCAAGGUUUGAUUAGCUGCAGGCUGCUUUGUAAAGUUGAUCGCGCACUUGAAGAUAAGACCUGAUGCAUGUAUUCAUUAUCAAAAUGGGGGGAACGCCAUUGAUAGUUUCCGCAGGACAGAGAAGCUGUGUCGGCUGCUCACUUGGCAAGUUGCAUGUGGGCACUUUCUACAGCUCCUCUUGGGCAGUUGCAUUUGUUGAGUGUGAACCAUCAAAUAAAAAAUUUCCAAUUGAA